UUGAUAGUUUCGUAACAGAGAACAGAGCAGCGGUAGCGUAAUCCCAAUUUCUUCACCGAAACUUCUGUUUUAGACUUUUAUCCCUUUCGAACUUUUCCUCUCUCUCGCUACUCUCUCUCUAGGAUGAACAUCGGCAAGACUUUGCGCCUCGGUUAUUUCCCCAUAGUUCUCUUCGUCCUUGUUUUCUGAUAUUUUGUCUUUGUUCCUUCAUUUACUCUGUAUUUAAUCGCUUCCGUUGGUGGAUUACCGAAAUUUGAGGAGGGAUACAGGAAUGGCCGCGAUUGUUCGUACCGCAGUGUCGGUGGUCGCCGCGGUGCUGAUGCUUCAGGCGGCCACGGUUCUCUGCGGGUUUCCGGCCAAGCUGAGUCUGGAGAGGGCUUUUCCGACGAAUCAUGGGGUCGAAAUGGCUCAACUCCGAGGCCGGGACCGGGCUAGACAUGGUAGAAUGUUGCAGUCUUCUGGUGGUGUCAUUGAUUUUCCUGUGGCCGGGACCUAUGAUCCAUUUCUCGUUGGGCUUUAUUACACUAAAGUGCAGCUAGGUAAUCCUCCGAAGGAUUUCUUUGUGCAGAUCGAUACUGGAAGUGAUGUUUUGUGGGUUAGCUGCAACUCUUGCAAUGGAUGCCCAGAAACUAGUGGGCUCCAGAUUCAGCUCAAUUUCUUUGAUCCUGCUAGCUCAUCAACAGCUUCUCCAGUCUCUUGUUCAGACCAAAUUUGCGCCCUUGGAGUUCAGUCCUCUGAUUCUGCCUGUUUGGGCCAGAGCAAUCAAUGUGCUUAUGUCUUCCAGUAUGGAGAUGGGAGUGGAACAUCGGGCUUUUACGUUAGGGACAUGAUGCAUCUCGAUAUAGUAGUUGAGAGUUCUAUGACUACAAAUUCUUCAGCUUCAGUUGUAUUUGGGUGUAGUACAUCACAGACUGGAGACUUGACUAAGUCGGACAGAGCAGUUGAUGGAAUCUUCGGGUUCGGGCAACAUGACUUGUCUGUAAUUUCGCAACUGUCUUCACGAGGAAUAGCACCAAAAGUGUUCUCCCACUGCUUGAAAGGAGAUGAUAGUGGUGGGGGAAUAUUGGUCCUUGGCGAGAUUGUGGAGCCAAAUGUUGUUUAUACUCCUCUAGUCCCAUCACAGCCCCAUUAUAACUUGAAUCUGCAAAGCAUCUCUGUUAAUGGUCAAAUGUUACCCAUCAAUCCAACUGUCUUUACAACAACCAAUGGCCAAGGAACCAUAGUUGACUCUGGCACUACUUUGGCAUACCUUGCUGAGGAAGCUUUCAACUCUUUUGUUGUUGCUAUCACGAAUUUAGUUUCACAAACGACACAGCCUGUUCUUCUCAAGGGAAAUCAGUGUUAUAUAACCUCCUCCAGCAUCUCUGACACAUUUCCUCAAGUAAGCUUAAACUUUGCCGGUGGCGCAUCGCUUGUUUUGAGACCUCAGGACUAUCUCAUACAACAAAGCUCUGCUGGUGGAAAUACUGUUUGGUGUGUUGGUUUCCAGAAAAUCCCAGGUCAAGGGAUUACAAUUCUAGGAGACCUUGUUCUAAAAGACARAAUCUUCAUUUAUGAUUUAGCGAAUCAACGAAUUGGAUGGGCUAACUACGACUGUUCAAUGUCAGUAAAUGUUUCCACAGCUUCCAAGACUGGACAGAGUGAAUCUGUCAACGCAGGGCAGCUCAGCGGCAGUGGCUCCGUGGAGAAUCAGCCUGACGGACUUAUUCUACAGCUAAGCAUUCUUGUAUUGUUCGUUCAAUUAUCCAUCUUCACCAGCUUCUUCCACUCAUAGCAUCUAAACAAGAAAAUUAGGAUCUUCAUUCUUUCACUGUAUAUUAUAUUCAGAUGCCAUCGUAUAGUUAUAGCCAUUGAGCCGCUGAAGUUUCGUUUGUGCGCAUGUCGCUCGUAAUCCCUUUUUUUUUUUUUUUUUUUUUCAUUGGUUUCUUGAAUUAAUAUAUAUACAGUCCACUAGAAUUGGUCUCAACUGCGUUGUAAAGUUCUUCAUAUGUAACUAUUGGUUCUAUACAAGUUUUAACUUAUAAGAGCUCAUACUUAAUGAUA